AUGAAUGCUUUAAAAGCAAAACGUGGUCAUGUUAAAGGGGUUUUGACACGGGCAGCAACUUUUUCUGAAAAUAUAGAUGACCGUGUGUCAUCUGAGCUUCUUGAAACACGCUUAGAAAGCCUCCAAGAUGCUUGGAAUAAAUUUAUAACUUUAACUGACGAACUUUUCAGUUUUUCUGAACAAGAGGAUUACGUAGAUCCUAGUGAUGAUUUUUCGGAUUACGAAAGUAAAUAUUUCACUGCCCAAUCAACCUUCGUAAAGGAAAUUCGCGAACGUAAAUUAGCUUCACCACCCGCUCUACCUACUGCCGCCGAAACGGUUAUCGAAAAAUUAGCUAGCCAGCAAGCUUUAUUUCUUAAAAAACUUAAUGAGCCAAAAAAAACGGCAUGUUCUAUCGCGUUACCUAAGCUGUCAAUUACGGUAUUUUCCGGUGAUUAUAAAGAAUGGGCCAGCUUCAGGGAUCAUUUUAUUGGCUCCAUAGAUAGUAACUCCGAUAUAUCUCAGACACAGAAAUUUCAUUAUCUGAAAUCUUUCCUACGCGGAGAGCCAGCUAAUCUUAUACGCGAUAUAAAGGUAUCGGAUAUAAAUUAUCUCGAUGCUUGGGACAAACUAGAGAAGCGCUACGAUAGGCCCAACUUCAUGAUUCAGUCGCAUAUACAAUCGCUCCUGUCAAUUCCAAACAUUAACGCGAAUAAUGUUCAAUCCCUUCGGAAACUUACCGAUGCAGCCGAUGAAACCAUUCGAGGUUUGGACUCUUUGGGAGCCCCAUGGCGAGACCCUUGGGUCAUUUAUCUUUUAUCGUUAAAAUUAGACCACGAUACCAAAGAGGCUUGGGCUCUAGAGGUAGGGGCAAGAUCCAAUGCAUCUAUUGAUGAAUUUUUAAUAUUUUUGAACUCACGUUGUGAUGCUUUGGAGUCUGCACAAUCGCUUUCUCGUCCGACUAAUCAAUCUCGUGUGAAGAAUCCAAAGCUCGUUCAGUCUCAUUUCGUGGAAACUACUACAAGCUGUCCAAAGUGCAAAGCAGAUCAUUCAUUGAACCAAUGUCCACAUUUUCUUUCGCUUGACACCAUUACACGUCGUUCUUUUGUUAAAGAAAAUUCAAUAUGUUUUAAUUGUCUUCGUUCUGGUCAUUCUUCGCAGAAAUGCCAUUCCAAAUUUCGUUGCCGAACUUGUCACGCGCGUCAUCAUUCUUUGGUUCACCCACAAUCUCCGACAACGGUCUCUUCAGAUCAUAACUCUUCGUCUUCUUCUCCUGGAACUUCCUCGACCAAUCCUAUAAUGCCAAAUUCUCUUAGCGCAACAACUUCGCCAAUCUCGCUUUGCUCAUCGGUAGCUCAGCCAAUUAACUUACAUUCUGAGGUUCAUUCUCAAGUUCUAUUGCCCACAGCUAUUGCACAAGUGCAUGAUAAACAGGGAACGUCGCAUCACAUUCGACUAUUGCUAGACUCGGGAUCUCAAGUUUCUUUCGUAACCGAGCAAACGGUUCAGAGAUUAGGAUUGGUUCGCAAGAAAGCACAAAUACCCAUCGCAGGUGUCGGAGCAACACCAGCAGGUGUUACAAAUGGAAUCGUUACCCUCAAACUUCAUUCUCGCUAUACACAGGACUUCAUCGAGGUUCAGUGCUUCGUCGUUUCAAAACUAACUUCUUUACUGCCGACGUCGUUUUGUAAAACUUCAAAUAUUCAAUCUUUCGGUUCGUAUACGUUGGCUGAUCCACAUUUUAAUAUUCCUGGUCACAUUGAUGUGCUCAUCGGUGCUGAUAAAUUAUUCAGCAUAAUCAAUGGUGCUGCAGAACGUGGUCUGCAAGGAAUGCCUGAUCUUGCGCCAACAAUUUUCGGUUGGGUUGUCUGUGGAAACAUAGAAACCAACGCUCCCACUGAAGGUGUCAAUUCAUUCCACAUAUCAUUAAACAUUUCAACUUCGUUUGACCUUGAGCGUUUUUGGCGUCUUGAAGAAGUCAACUUUGAGUAUACUCUGUCAAUUGACGAUCAACUUGCAGAAGACAUAUUUGUAAAAAACCAUUCUCGUUUGCCUGAUGGUAGGUACAUGGUUCAAUUACCGUUUAAAUCCGAAAAGGCUAUAGAUUUUGGCAAUAGCCUCAAUGUCGCGUUAAAUCGUUUCUAUUCUACUGAACGUCGCAUCGCAUCUAGUCAGUAUUUAACGGAUAAAUACAUUAGCUUUAUGGAAGAGUAUUUGAACCUAGGCCAUAUGGAAGAAAUCCCUGAUAACGAGGUAAAUACGAAUUAUAGCAAAUGUUUUUACUUGCCGCACCAUGCCGUUCUUAAAGAUGAUAGCAGCACAACAAAAGUCAGGGUAGUGUUCGACGGUUCGGCUAGAUCUUCACAUAAUCAUCCAUCUCUCAAUGAAUCGUUACUUAUAGGUAAAUCUUAUCAACGUGAUCUCUUUUCUAUUUGUAUUCGUUUUCGUCGACAUCGCUAUACGAUAUCUGGUGAUAUCGAAAAAAUGUUUCGCCAGAUCAGAGUUUCAAAGGAGCAUGCAGACUUCCAAAGAAUUCUUUGGAGAAAGUCUAGCAGUUUGCCUUUAAAACACUAUCGUCUUUUGACAGUGACAUAUGGCACUGCUUGUGCUCCAUUUUUGGCUGUCCGUACUCUGUAUCAACUCGCAAUUGAUUCAGCAGAAACUCAUCCGAGAGCUUCCGAAGUAUUGUUGAAUGAUUUUUACGUCGAUGACGUCAUGACUGGGGCUGAUACCAUCGAAGAAGUCACCUCACUUCGCUUAGAACUUAUUUCGCUCCUCAAUUCUGCCGGCUUAAAUCUUCGAAAGUGGACAACAAACUGUUGGCCUCUACUUCUCAGUUUGCCAGAAGAACAACGCGAGAUGUCACCCAAGGAAUUCGAAGAAUAUAGCACGGUUAAACUUCUCGGCUUGCAGUGGUCUCCUGCAAAUGAUUCGUUUUCUUACAAAGUCAACUUAAACGAUAAAGCUUCGUCAACAAAGUGCCAAAUAUUGUCAGAAUCUUCAAGGAUAUUUGAUCCUAUCGGUUUUUUAACUCCUGUAGUGAUCGGUAUUAAAAUACUUUUUCAAGAGCUUUGGCGAAAAAAGUACAAAUGGGAUGACGUCAUUUCUUCAGAGCAUGCCAAAACUUGGCAUUGCAUUCGCGAUGAACUCCCGGCUAUUGAAAAAUUAAGUAUUCCACGAAUCAUGUGGUCUUCGAAAAACAACGUCGAGUUUCAUGCAUUUUGCGAUGCAUCGCUGGAUGCGUUUGCUGCAGUGAUAUACUGUAGAAGCGUCGAUUUAGCUGGAAAUAUUACCAGCAACAUAGUCGCAGCAAAGAGCAGAGUAGCUCCCAUCAAAGUCGUUUCUCUACCGCGUCUCGAGCUCUGCGGAGCAGUUUUACUAACUCGAUUAGUAACAAAACUUAAAACUUCUUUACAAGAUAAAGAAAUCAAAGUUGUAGCUUGGACUGACUCCGCAAUAGUCCUUCAUUGGCUUUCGGCGUUGCCCAAAAGGUGGUCAGUUUUCAUCGGAAAUCGUACUUCGGAGAUUCUCUCUACGAUACCUAGAGAAUCAUGGCAUCACGUACGAUCUGAACAAAAUCCAGCUGACUGCGCCUCCCGAGGUGUUCCACCGUCUCAUUUACUUCAAAAUGAUUCAUGGUGGACUGGGCCAUCGUGGAUUAUAAAAGAACGAGACCAAUGGCCAAAAUCAGAAUAUUCGGUGGAUAAUAUUCAACCUGAAGACUUUGAACAACGUAAAAAACACCCUACUUUUGCUUUCGUAGCAAAACUCGACUCUACUAACAUUUUUUGUCAAGUGAUCGAUAGUUCUUCUCGCUUUCUAAAAUCUGUUCGUGUUAUCGGUUUUAUCUUUCGGUAUAUAUCAAACAUUCGUGAACUCGUAGCAAUUAGAAAAGAACUAAAAAGGCUAGAAAGUAAUGAAAUCAGUGAUUCCGUAAAAAUAGCUGAGCUAAAGAAACGUCUAUCAAAUGCUCGUGAUAAAUCUGUCCCUAAAACACAAUCGUUGGCUUUGUCUUCUCUCGAAAUUUCCACGGCAAAGACCGAACUCAUUCGUUUUCAUCAAAUUCUUAGUUUUGCGUGUGAAAUAGAUGAUAUAAAGUGUGGUAAAAAUCUUGAAAAGGGAAAUAAGCUAGCAUCGUUAGCACCGUUUGUGGAUGACCAAGGACUCUUACGCGUCGGUGGUCGUAUCCAAGAAGCAUAUGUAGCUUACUCGGCAAAACACCCUAUCAUUCUCGAUAAAAACACUCGCAUUGCAAAACUUAUCGUCGAACAUUUUCACAACUCUAAUUGCCAUGCAGGUGUUUCUCUCUUAUUUGCAUUGCUGAGACAGGAAUAUUACAUUAUCGGUUGCAGAAAUCUGCUUCGUAAAAUAGUCCACAAAUGUGUUCCGUGCUUUCGUCAACAAAAGACUACUUCGACCCAGCAAAUGGGUAAUCUCCCGGCAGACCGUGUGCAGUUUUCGCGUCCAUUUAGCAAGGUUGGUGUGGACUACGCCGGUCCUCUAACAUUACGUCUAGCUCGAGGACGAAACCCUAAAUUUACCAAGGCCUACAUCGCGCUAUUCAUUUGUUUCUCAACAAAGGCUAUACAUAUAGAGUUGGUUAGUGACCUCUCUUCAAACGCCUUUAUCGCUGCCCUUGAUCGUUUUGCGUCGCGUCGUGGUAAACCGUCGGAAAUUUGGAGCGAUAAUGGAACAAAUUUCCAUGGAGCUAAUCGGUGUCUCAACGAAAUGUUCCAGCUACUUCUGAGUCAGCAGCACAACGAUAUCAUCAUUGAUCAUCUUUCCAAAGACAAAAUUUCGUGGAAUUUUAUCCCCCCUUCUUCACCUCACUUUGGUGGACUGUGGGAGGCGGGGGUGAAAUCUGUAAAAUUUCACUUGAAUCGAGUAAUCAAGGAUCAUCGGCUGACCUAUGAGGAGAUGUAUACGUUGCUCACACAAAUCGAGGCACUUUUAAACUCUCGACCUAUGUGGCCAACAUCGGAUAUGGAUCCAAUAGCUCUCAGCCCAGCUCACUUUUUGAUUGGUGAAACUAUGAAUUCUAUUCCUCAUCCUUUUGUCUCUGAUCAAAACAUUUUUACUAAUUGGUCUCUUUUACAGUCUCUCAAACAAGGUUUUUGGAAACAGUGGCAUUCUGAAUAUUUAACUUCGCUGCAACAACGUCCAAAAUGGCAAGGUGUCAAACCCGAUCUCAAACCUGGCGAUGUAGUCAUGCUUAAAGAUUCAAAUCUUCCACCAGCUAAAUGGGUACUUGGACGAGUGAAGGAAGUCCAUCCAGGCAAAGAUAAAAGAGUACGAGUUGCCACUAUUACCACACAAACUGGAGACUAUGUCAGACCAAUCGUUAAAAUCUCACCAUUACCUUUUUGCUGA